GAGGAACAGAGAGGGAGAGACCUCAGGGUAAGGAGAGGAAAAGAGGAAGAGCACGUAGUGUACAGUGUGAAUGUCUCGCUGGUUCGUCGGUCGGUUCUACUGGUGAACUGAUGGUGACGGCGAUUGUAAUGCCAUCUGUAUUGUCAAUGUUGUUGGGCAGCAGCAGGAGCAGCAGCAGCGUAAUGGAGCCGUGAGGCAUUUUGUCUGUUCUAUACGACACACUAUCGUAUUCUUGUGAAUAAUUAUUGUGGAUUAUGGAGAUUAUAAGUAACCCGGUGGCUCCAUGUACAGCGUAACGCGCACUGAGUAUCAUCAAGUACCACAGUCAGUGCCACAGUGGUUUAUCGCGUUUGUUAUAAUCACUUACUUAUAUUUAACACACAUUUACAACAACAACAACAUCAACGUCAACAUCGACAACUGGAGAACCGUCACUUUGACGGAUGUCUAUGUACACAUGCUGCUAAUCUAUUCCAAUAAGUCAAUGUUUUGAAGAGAGCUGAAUUAUUUAAAGGGAUAAAUUAUAUGGACAGCUAUGUAGGUACAUAUAGCUUACCUACAUGUGCCUGCAUACCUAUAGAUAACUUGGCGUAGUAGUGAUGGCACAACGAGGCAAGCGAAUAAACAAAAACGAUAAUGACUUGGCUUCCUGCCCGGGCGCGAUUAAAAGACGCAAAUGCAGACUGGGCCCAACAGCCGCGGGUACAUCGGGUUUGGUGUCAGCAAUUGGGCCCUCCGAAGAGGAAGAAACGAUGGCGGUGGCAUCGACAAGUCAAGGUGCCAGUGCAGCUGGUACUAGUGCUGGCUGUUGCAGUGCCAGUGCUGGAGGAACUGUUGGUAAUAGUAGUACUGGCAGUGGGGGUGGCGCUGUUGCUGGGACAUCUGGAGCACCCUGGACACCACGUCCACUCGCUGAUAUUAAAAGUAUAUACAAUCGUGCGGCCGCCGAGGCACCGGCUGAGUUAUUUCGUAAAGACUUGAUUAGUGCGAUGAAAUUACCCGACAGUGAACCGCUUAGUCCUAAUGAGUACUGGGUAAUAACUGAUCAGUGGAAACAAGAGUGGGAACGUGGUGUGCAGGUGCCUGUUAAUCCGGAUUCACUUCCAGAGCCUACGGUUACAGUAACACAGCAAUCGAAUAAUAAAUCUCAUGGUGACUUUAAAUUACCUAAAAAAUUCAUUAGAAUAUCCCGUGAUGAUUCUUUUAAUCCUGAAGAUAAUCAUUUGAGCACAACUCCAGCGAAAGCUGAAAAAGCUUGUGCUUAUGAUCUCGAUGACACUGACAUUGCUUGGCUGGAUGUAUUAAAUGGAGAGCGUGCUCAGUCCGGACAGCCGUCGAUAUCAGAGCCACAGCUCGAGCGAGUUAUCGAAGAGCUGGAAGUGCGUUGCUGGGAACGAAUACAAACAAUAGUGAAAAAUGAGGAGGGUCUGGGUAUUGAAUUUGAUGAGAACGUUAUUUGUGAUGUGUGUAGAUCACCAGAUUCUGAGGAGGGUAACGAAAUGGUAUUCUGUGACUGUUGUAAUAUAUGCGUUCAUCAAGCAUGUUACGGUAUAACAUCAAUACCUGAUGGCUCGUGGCUGUGUCGAACUUGCUCUCUAAGUCAGCGGCCAGACUGCGUGUUGUGUCCGAACAAAGGUGGUGCAAUGAAGUGUACACGUAGUGGUCAAAAAUGGGCGCAUGUAUCAUGUGCACUGUGGAUACCAGAGGUAAGCAUCGGCUGUGUUGAGCGCAUGGAGCCGAUUACCAAAAUAUCCAGUAUUCCGCAAAGUAGAUGGGCACUCAUAUGUGUGCUGUGUCGUGAACGCGUUGGUGCUUGUAUUCAAUGCAGUAUAAAAACGUGUAAGACAGCGUACCAUGUGACAUGUGCAUUCAAAUAUGGACUCGAAAUGAAGGCUAUUAUUGAGGACGACAAGGCUGAUGAUGGGGUUAAAUUAAGGUCUUAUUGUCAAAAACACAGUAGAACAAAUACUAAAGAUAAAGUUGGGGUUGGUGGCAGCAGCACUGGUGAUAAAGGUGGUUCUGACUCAGAUGAACCGGGUGAUACGCGUAAUAAACGUAAACGCAAAGACAUGACAUCUGAAGAAAAGAAUCAGGCGCGUGCAGCUAAACUACAGGAAAUAGAGGCUGAAUUUGAUAAACAUGUUAGUUUAAAAGACAUCACCUCACAGCAAUUAGAUGUUGAUAUUGAUGCAAUAACUUAUAUUUAUAAUUAUUGGAAAUUAAAAAGACGUGCUGGUCAUAACAAACCACUAUUAGCACCCCGUUGCGGUGAACUAUCGAGUGCUGGUGCACGAGCUCAAGGUCAAGCUGCGGAUCUAGAAAAAAUGCGGACGUUUGUACAAUUGAGACAGGAUUUAGAACGUGUGCGUAAUCUUUGUUAUAUGGUUAAUAGACGUGAAAAAUUGUGUAGAUCAUUUUUGAGGCUUCGUGAACAAACAUUUCAUAAGCAAGCCUCAGUUUUGUCUAAUAGUCCAUCAUUGCCACCUGCUGCAGUGGCGGCUGUCAUUGAAGCUAAUCACGGCCCAUCUAUCUAUGAUCGUUUGUACUCACACUCGGAUGCUGAAGAUCAUACACGUGACUUUGACACGAUAGUUGCGCGUAUAAAAGGCAUUAAAUCACCCACACCGGUGUCUAGUGACGAAAAGAAAAAGCCGCCGACUGAUUUCAAUGGUGCGUCUAAUAAGAAAUUUUACUUUAACGGUACGGCAAGACGAAAAGAUCUUUGCAGUAGUGAUUUAUCGUCGUUGAGUAGUAGUGAAGUUGAUACAGCUAAACCUACAGUUAAGUCAACAACCUCGACGAGCAAGAGUUCGUCUAGCAAUAAAUCAAGAAAUAAAAUUGAAAGUGAAUCAAGCUCGGAAGAUGAGCCAGUAAAUACGGCUAAAAAAUCAACAAAAGUUACGAGACGUAGAACGAAAAAGACAACAAGUGUUGCUAGUCGACCCAGGCCUGCGCCGGGUAGUAGUGAAAGUGAUAAACAGGGUAAUGCUAAUACUAGAUCAAGAACGCUUGAGCAUAUGGAAAAAGAACUGGGAACUGGUACUGGUAGUGAUAGUGAUGAUUUGUUUGCAUUAAAUGCAAAAACUGGAUCGCGAACUGGACCAUCAGCAGCAGCUGCUAUUUAUUCAGACACUGAUUCAGAUUCUCAGGAUCGCAGCAGAUCUGUCACUGCGCCGUUUAUCAGCAAAGCUGCUGUUAAACAAUUUUCAGCGGCGGAUAUAUCGAAAAAUACCUCGAAAAGUUUUACCAACAAAGACAUUAAAGAUGAAUCGACUACGGAAACUAGCAAUAAAGAGAAUGUUAAAGCCAAGAAAAAGGAAAAAGAGUAUAUACCAUCGGCGUUAAUUGUUCCGCAGCGACAGGCGGCUAAGAAAGCAUCGGAAAUAAUGCAACGGUCGCAAAAUAAAAAAGAAACUCCUGUAGAACCACCAGAACCUAUUAAAUCACCAGCUGAUGAUAAAAAUUCAAAACCUAAAGAAAAAACUAGUGUUAAAAAAUCCCGGGAUAACAAAGUACAUCAUAAAGAUUCAAAGAAUAAUGACAUUUAUGACUUUGAUAAGGAAAAAGAGUUCGCUGAUCCCAGUGAGAUUUUGGCGUACGUUCCGCAGAGACAAGCAGCUAAAAAAGCAGCUGAGCAUAUAAAGAGUGGACUGGGAACAAAAUCUGCUCCUCAGCCAGAGAGUUCUGAUGCUUCGGAUGCUAAAGUCAAGAAAGAUUCGCCGGAAAGUAAACCCAAGAAAGAGAUUGCGAAGAAGGAAGAGGUGGCGAAAAAGGAAGAAGUGGCGAAGAAACCUCAGCCGGAAAGCAAAACGUCGUCGAGUACGAACAGUGACUCGAGUAGUAGCAAUAGCUGUAGCAGUUCAUCAGACUCGAGUAGUGACUCGGAUGAUGUUAAAAGUCCUGCGAGAUCGCCGAAAAAGAAAGAUCAGUCGUCAUCAUCGACCUCAUCAGAGAGCGAUGCCAGUAAUCGUUCGUCAAAAGUAUUAUCGAGUAAUAAGAGACAGACUGGUGGUAGUGGUAGCAGUAGUAGUAGAACGACGACGACAACAACGGCAACAACAACGAGUGAUGAUGCCGCGGAUAGUGUGGAUAAGAAGACAAUGGCCGGGCGGAAACUCAAAAAGCUGCCUGACAAGAAGCUUAAAACUUCCGACGGGCGGCAUGGAUCCGAGUUUCCACCGCCGCCUGCUGAGAGAAAAGAAUCAUCAAGUAGAACAACCUCAGUGUCUAAAGAUCCAAACCAAUCGCGGCAAUCAUCAUUCACUAAGAAGACCGAUCAAAGAGUGUCGUCUAGUAUUGUCUCAGGUAAAAAGUUAUCUCAGCAACAACACCAGCAGCAGCAGCAACAGCAGCAACACGAAAAACAUCAGCAGCAACGGGUCCAACAGCAACAGCAGCAACAACAAACAGCCUCAAGCAAUAACCAAGAUUUGCUCAGUGGGUCAAGAGAUAAUGAUGGGUCACGAAGUGUUUCUCGGUCCAAACCAGCUAAAAAGAGCACCCAGUCCGCCAGCAAAUCGCAAAUGCAAAGCCAAUCUCAGCAACGAGAAUCACAGCAAUCCCAGCAACAUCAGCAGCAGCAAUCCAGCGGCAAGUGUAAUAAAAAGGAGGAAGAUAUCAGUCCGUCGACGAGAGUCAAGCCCGAGGCACGCAAACGAAAAUCAAGUGAAGCUCCGUCUAAAGAAGACAAAACUGGCAAAAAUGCGUCUUCGAUCAGGAAAAAUGAUAAGAGGUUAAAUAACGAUAAGCAAAUUAAAAGUAAAGAUAAUAGUGAAUCGACAAAUGAUACUCAUGAGUCUUCAGAGGAUGUAUCUUCGUCACGUGUUGAUGGUAAAACAAGUUUGUCUACUGGUUCGUCAAAUGAAUCAUCUAAAAGUCAACAUGUAGAAUCGACAAAAGUCGAUGAUAAGAAAGUAAGUAAAAAAGGUACAAAUAAUAAAAGUCCGAUGCACCUGUUACUUUUAGAAGAGGAAAUAAAACAGCGACGAGCGGAACGUGAUAGUCCGAAAAAAUCCUCAAAGAGUCUCGAUAAAUUUUUAGAAAAACGUGAGCAUCUUGAUAAACUUUUCAAAGCUAAAUCGGAGAAAGAAGUCAGUGAGCCGCAAUCAGAUAAAGAAAUAACAGAUAAAAGUGAUGAUAGAUUAAGUAGUAAUCAAAGUCAUGAGGGUGGACGUAAAAAUCAUACCAGUGAUGAAAUUUCACGUGUGCCGCCGAUUGAAAAAAUAGUAGAUACGCCUAGAAUGGACAGCGAUGUCCAGCAAGAUAAUAAUAGUACGGGCGCUGGUAAAGUUAAUAAAAAGAGUGAACAUAAAAGUCCGGCACCUGUACAGCAACAGCCGUCGCCUUGCGAGGUAAUUCAAGUAGAAAAAGAAGUUGAAGAUAGUAACUUUAAAAAAUCACACGUGGUGUCCGAUAAGUCUGCCCAUGAAUCCCGACACGAAGACAAAGAAAUUCCUAAGCGUAAGAAAUCUAUAAAUAGGUCAAUAUUUUCCCCGCAACAUGGACAAUCAAAAGACCAAAGUGACUCGGAGUUCUUUGAUUUUGACCAAGACAUUUUGAAUGAUGACAUAAAUGACGACGGCUUCAGCAUACCCAGAGAUCCUGAGGAACGUCAGCAGCCGUUGGCAUUCUCCUUCAACAAUGACAUGUGGUUUAAAGAAGAGAAAGAGGACAGUGCUCGCGAGACACUUCAUUUGGUUGCUAAACUUCGAAUGGAGUUGUCCAAUAAGUCAAGUACUAAUCAGCAAGACGGCGAGCCCGUUGCUCCAGAGGAACCUGUCAAGAAAGAAGAAAAUCCUGCGAGCAAAACACCCGUUGAAAACGUAAAAGUUAAACCGCAGUUUGUUCCUACAGCAGUUCUAGAGCCGGAAGUUAAAGAAGUUGAAGUUGAGCCACUAACGGAGGUGUCAUGCAAAAAUCAUGCUAUUGAUGAUAAAAGAAAAUCUUGCUAUACAACUGGCAAUAAUGACGCCUAUGCGCUUUACAGCCAUGAGGAAUUGGCAGGAAACAAAGUUGCGGCAGCUGAACGGGCUAAAUUGGAUCGUGGUGAAGCUGAUGAACGUUGGGUACCACCUAGUAUUGAUAACUUUAAUCCAAAUGAUGUUCAACAUUUAAAUCAUUUGAUGGAGAGUCAAAAUCAUCGUUACGGUAAUCAUCCAUUUACAAAUGACAUUGGAUCAGUAAUGCAUGACAAUAAUACCGAUAAUUUAGUUCAUUCGCAAAUAAAUAUUACAAAUAUGACCGAUCAGUAUCAACAGCUUAUGCAACAACAGCACACUAUCGUACGAGCUCAUAUAGACUCUUCACAUUCGGUUGAUUCACGGCCGCCACUACAGUCAGUGCCGAUGAUAAAUCAACCGUGUCUACAGGGACCUAUUGUUGAGGACAUGAUACCCAUGGAGAUGGUAAAUAGACAUCUUAUGGCACUUCCUAAUGUCGAAGAUGAUCAGCAAAAUAAUGAUAUUGAUCGUGGGCUAGAGAAAGAUGAUGGAUCGUCAGACAUGAGACAGGAUUACACACAGUGCAGCUCACCGUACAAUGAAUUAGCAAAUGUAAGACAAGACACUAGGUGGGCAGAGAGUCAAGUGCUUCCUUCAAGACGAUCGACCUCAUCCUCAAUAACCUCAGCAUCGUCUACAGAAGAUCAUGCGGCAAUGCCACCAUACAAAAACAUGCCAUCAAUGCCAUUUCCACCUGGAACUAUGGAGACAGGUCCUUACCAUCCUUACACCGACACAAACGCUUACACCGGACCAGUAUCAUUAUUUCCACCUCAAUCAUGUGCUACUUCGCUUCCCUAUCCCGCAGCAGGCACCACAAUGUUUCCCACAGUCUUUGGAGCACCUUUUCCAACGCCUCAAAGUAUAUUACCUCACGUUCCCAAACCCCUGGAAGAUACACUCAAUAUGCAAGCGUCACCCUGUACAGCUGCAUUCACAUCUUCGUCCCACAAUAUGGCACUCACUGCUGCUAUGGUUUCUCCGACGAAAAUACCAACACCUCCACCUCCACCUGCUCAGCAGCCUAUGGCUCCUGUGGUGGAUCAGCAGCAAGAGCACAACGCGUCUCAUACUCCUGAACAAACUCAGACUCAGGUUGACCAGUCGCCGGCAGUCUGCGCGCCAAUGAUGUUUAUGGACAGAAAUAUUCCUGAAGCUCAACCGGUUGCUGAAACUGCGGAAACGGUUGCUGAAGAUGUACAUAGUGUUACAACACCAGAUCAAAAGACACCGUCAUCACAACCUGGGAAAAAGAGCCCGUCAAAACCAACGAGAACGUCGGCUAGAGUUACGUCUCUUCAAGGUAAAUCACCAGGUAAAUCUCCACGUCAAGAAGUCGUUAAACCUGCGGCGACAUCCAGAGCACGUGGCCGUGGUGGUAAAGGUAGCCAACAAAAUAAUCGCGGUCGUGGACGUGGACGAGGCCGAGGUAGAGGUAGAAAUAAUCAAAAUGUUUGUUUAACUCCGUUUGUUAAUUUAAGUAAUACAUUUCUCAAUGAUGAUUCAAUACAAAAUAAACUUGUUGGUACUGUUUAUGAUUUUGAUUCUGAUGAAGAUUCUGCCAAUGAAACAAAUAUUGCUGAUCUCAAAACAAUGCGUGAACGUAAAAAAUCAACAGACGUCAGUGAAAAACGUGAUAAUACAUUAGCUAAAGAUAACGUUUUACAGACUUUAUCUAGUCCAGCUGUUCAUAAGACAAAGUACAGCGACAAACGUGUGGCAGCAUCACCCUCACCACCACAAACUCCUCCUGUUUUCUCGAAAGAAAAUGUCGAAGAAAUUUACAACAACGACACGGUAUUCCCAGUUAUUCCAGGUCCAGUUGAUAUGAGAACUUACAAUUCAACUGUCGAAGGACAAACGUCAUCUCUCCAUGGUCAGUCUUAUGCUAAUCAUUUGAUUUGUUCAUUUGCUGGCGCAGCAACGGACACGACACUACCAGACAUUGAGGAAGAAUUAGGUGCACUGCAUUCAGAUUUAACAUCCAAGUCCGCUAGUUUGAAUUCAAAAGCUGCGGAUCCCAAUGAUCCAAAUGCUGAUAUGUCUGCCGCUGGUGUCAGUGAUAUCACUAAAAUGUCAUUGAGUGACUCGAGGAAUCAGUUGAAGGUAAAGAUCAAGGGGCCAUUUGCUAAUUACGUUGCAUCAACGUCAGUCAAUCAGUUGGUACCUCAAGCUCCGAUAAUUCCUCCAGCAUCAAGUGCUUCAGUAACAUCUGGAACGUCUAAUUUGAGGCGAAUGAGGAAGAAAGAAUUGUUAAGACAGUAUUGCUCGCAAGAUAUGAAUAUGGACGAUCCAACAAUGGCCAGUGUGGCUGCGGUUCCAAUAUGUAUGCCACCGAUAAGCAGGACUGUUAUCACGAUACCCAAAGCUGUUGCUUCAAUGACAAGUAUACCAACACGCGAAGACUACAAAGCAGUUGUUGACAUGGCGAAUAUGGAGAAGAAACGCAGAAAAGAGCGUGGUGGCGGUGGAUUCGCUGAUCCAGGUGAUGAAGAUGGUACUUCAGAUCGACGUAGAGGUUUAGCUGGCACCAGUGCUGAUAGACGUCGCGGUCGUCAACCAAAACCACCAGCAGCAGCAGCAGCAGCUUCUAAUAGUGCGCCUCCGAAAUUAAAAAUAAAAAUUGGCAGUAAUGUUGUCAGUCAAGAUGUUGGUGGCAGUGUUACUGAAGACCGAGCUAGAAUAAGACCGCCGAAAAAACGUUUGAGUAGCAUGCAAAAUAAACCUAGUAUUGAAGAACUUAAACGUGAAAGUAUGAAAUUCCGUAAAAUGAUAAUGGCUGGUUUUGAUAACGACGAAACGCCGCAAGAAAAAAGUAAAAAAGAUAAAAAUGGUAAGAAACGUAAAAAACAACGUGGCAAAGAAGGUAGAGUACAGAUUCUCGAUGACGGCAACACGUCAACGACAAAACUUAUUAUAAGAAUAAAAGCAACACCUAAUGAUUCAACAAGUGAAACUUCAAGUGUAGCUAAUGAACGUGUCACUCAAUCUGAGGAUAAUACUGAUAAUAAAAAAACCGGUGGUGAUGCUAAAGAAGAUCCUGGUUAUCAAGACGGCAAUACUAAUACUGAUAAACCAACAACUGAUCCAUCGGCUGCGAACAAUUCUCUAGACAAUGUUAAGUCUGUUAAAGUAACACCCAUUAGAUUAAAACUUACGCGUUGUCACGAGGGUUACGAGCUGAAAGCCCCUGCUGCAAGUGUCGAUAAUAAAUCUGGUAGCAAAGACGGCGAAGGAAAUGCCGGGGAAAAAUCAAGUGGAGCAACAGCAGAUACCAAUGCACCAGAUAAUAAUGAGCGAGUGAAAGAUAACUUACAGCAGGACUCACAUAAUCAAGAUGAUAAUAAUAAGCCUUCCAAACCCGAGGAUAUUAAUAUUCUCAGUACGGCCAACACGGCCAGUCAUUCACCCGGUUGUCCGCCUGCACCUCUACCCCAAGGAUGCCAAGUUAGGUGAUAAUUAAUUUUAAUUGUAUAAAAUACAGUAAAUAAUAAUGGCUCUUUACUAGGUUUAUAUAAUAAAAAUAAAAUAAAAUAAUAAAUAAUAAUAAUAAAAUAAGUAAAUAAAUUUAAAUACAAGAAAAUUUUAAAAUAUAAAUAUAAAGAUUAUCUAGAUCUAUGUAUAUAUUAUACAAAUUAUAUAUAUAAAUAUAUAUAUAUAUAUAUAAAUGUAUAUAAAUAUAUUUAUAUAUAUAUAAAUAUAUCUGCCUAAUGUAUAUAAAAAAAAUAAGAAAAAAGUAAAAUAAUAUCUAUAUAUAUAAGAUGUACGAUUUUAAAUUCAAUGUUAGACAUUAAUUACAUAAAAACGUACACUCAUGUGACUCAUUUGAAAGAGAAGACACUCGCUUUUUUUUUUAUUACUUUUUUUUCUUCUAAUGUAAAUUAUAAUCAUAAUUAUUAUUAUUAUUAUUAUUAUUUUAAUGAUUAAUUAGUUAAUUGUUUAAUAUUAAUUACAUGAUUUAAUGCGUUAAUGAUCUGAGGGUAAAGUGAACUGUCACAAAGUGCCCAAAAAAAAAAAACUAAAACGUUUCACAGUAAUUAUAUUAAAGAAUGUGCAUUUUUUGAGAGUAAGACAGUGAAAUAUAUUAAAUUAUAUAAUUGAGAAUUUUUAAGUUUAUGGAUCAUGAUUAAGGUGUCUGUCGUUUAUUAUUAUUAUUUUUUUUUUUAAAUAUUUUAAACUUGGUCAAAUAAAUUUUUUUUUUCUUUUUGUUAUCUUUAUAAUUAUUUUUUUAUUUUUAAUUUCUGUUACUUUUUGUUUCUUUAUGUAAAUAUUUAUUUUUUAUUUUAAUACAUUUUUUUUUGUCAGUGUACUGUGGGUUAAAAUGAUAAAUCAAAAUAUUUUUUAACAUUUUACAUUAUUUUAUUUUUUAAAUCAUUUUUUUUUUUUUAUUAAUUAUUUU